CUCAUAAUGACGCCUCUAUUGGAGCGCGCACUGUCUCGAGCUUUUCUCCGAGCUUAGUGACGUCAGUUACCUCCUGGCAGCUAGCGAAGUCACUAUCCGAGUGGAGGCUCUUGAAAGAUACACAAGUAACCCAGUAGGAAAAGACAGACAGGGGAACACUCCCAGUAGGUACCGGGCACGUUAACUGUAAAACGGAAUAUUUUCCUCUGUCACAGCGGAAGAGUAGAAUUGAUCUUACCCCGGAGCUGGGGGUAACGUUCGCGAUACUCUACCGCAAUGGAUAGACUUUUAACUUGUCUAAUUGCUGCGGGCAGCGUAUUGCUUACAGUUCGAGGAGAAGUAUUCAAAGGUGACUGUAACUUUGAGGGGCCCUACACAGCAUGCGGCUACAGCCAGGGUAAGGACGAUGACUUUGAAUGGGAGCAGGCUAACACCAUGGAGAGGCCGUCGCCCAACCCCUGGAUGCCCACAGACUCUGCCUUCAUAAUGGUCAACACCAGCGGACGUUUCUCAGGCCAGAAGGCCCAGUUGCUCAUGCCCCAGCUCAAGGAGAACGACACCCACUGCCUCAUCUUCCAGUACUACGUAGCGGGACAGCGCGAGGGUGCCAACCCGGGCCAGCUCAACGUCUAUGUCAAGGAGAACAACAGUCCGCUGGGCAUCCCUGUGUGGAACGCCUCAGGGCCCGCCUACCCCACCUGGCGCCAGGUGGAACUGGCUGUCAGCACCUUCUGGCCCAACUUCUACCAGAUUGUCUUUGAGGCGGUGAGCACAGGACAAAGAGGUCUACUAGCCAUCAAGGACGUCACACUGCAAGGCCACCAGUGCAUGAGCACCCCCCACUUUCUCCAUAUCAAAGGUGUGGAGGUCAACGCCAGGCAGACUGCCACAUUCCAGUGCACAGUUAACGGUCGACCGCAAGAAGGCCAUAACCUCUGGUUACAGGGUAUCGGAGGGAGACAGGCCCCGAUGAGAGAGACCAAGCCGGUGAACUCCCGCCGCUACAUCGCCACGUUCGACGUGGAGAACACCACCAAGGGAGACUCGGGCCGCUACCGCUGCAUCGUCCACUCAGACAAGGGCGUGGGCGUGUCCAGUUACGCCGACCUGACGGUCAAACAGCCCCCGGUGCCCAUCGCUCCGCCCCAGCUCACCGCCGUGGGUGCAACCUACCUGUGGAUCCAGCUCAACGCCAACUCCAUCAAUGGUGACGGGCCCAUCGUGGAGCGAGAGGUCGAGUACCGCACGGUGGCGGGCAGCCUCAUCGACAACCAGCCCGUGGACAAGACCACACACAAAAUCGGCCACCUGGACCCCGACACGGAGUACGAGAUCAGCGUGCUGCUCACCCGGCCCCUGGAUGGAGGAACUGGGGCGCCCGGACCCCCCCUGAGGGCCAAGACCAAGUGUGCUGACCCCAUGCACGGUCCCCGAAGACUGGAGGUGGUGGACAUCAAGUCCAAGCAGAUCACAGUGCGCUGGGAGCCCUUCGGCUACAACGUGACCCGCUGCCACAGCUACAACUUGACUGUUCAGUACCGCUACCGGGCCGGCGGCAAGGAGGAGACCCGGGAGGAGGUGUGCUACGACACGCUGAGUGUGGCUCCGCAGCACACCAUCCGGAACCUGUCGCCCUACACCAACGUCAGUGUCAAGCUGGUGCUGAGGAACCCAGAGGGCAUCAAGCAGAGCACGAACGUGGGCGUGCUGACCGAUGAGGAUGUGCCUGGCGCUGUGCCACUCGAGUCCAUCCAGGGAAGCACGUACGAGGAGAAGAUCGCCCUGCGAUGGCGCGAGCCUGUCCAGACCUACGGUAUCAUUAAGCAGUAUGAGAUCUCCUACAAGGCCUUGAGCUCCUUCGACACGGAGUUUGACCUGACCAACCAGAGUGGCAAGGUGUUUAAGUUCAGCAACGAGACGUCCCACAUGUUUGUGGGUCUCUACCCCGGCUCCACAUACUCCUUCACCAUCCGGGCCAGCACCGUCAAGGGCUUCGGCCCCCCCGUUAUCACCCAGUUCACCACCAAGAUAUCAGCUCCGUUGAUGCCAGGCUAUGACCAGGAGACUCCCCUGAACCAGACAGACAGCACGGUUACUGUCCUGCUGAAGCCUGCCCAGAGCAGAGGAGCCCCUGUCAGUAAGUACCAGGUGGUUGUGGAGGAAGAGCGCCCUCGGCGGGCACGGAGGGUGGCAGAGAUCCUGCGCUGCUACCCGGUGCCCAUCCACUUCCAGAACGCCACCGUGCUCAACUCACAGUAUUACUUCACGGCCGAGCUGCCCAUGGGCGACAUCAAAACCCCCGUACCCUUCUGCAUCGGAGACAACCGCACCUACAACGGCUACUGGAACGCCCCCCUCCUCCCCCACAAGAGCUACAGCAUCUACUACCAGGCUGUCAGCACAGCCAAUGGGGAGACCAAAAUCGAUUGUGUACGAGUGGCCACUAAAGCCGCCAUAAUCGUGACUCAGCUCACCACUCCCUACAUACGCAUCGCCCCCGCGGCUGGCGACAACCAACUAACAGGGACUGCGACCAGGAAGCCUGACGCGGUAGAGCCGGAGAAGCAGACGGAUCACACGGUAAAGAUCGCUGGAGUCAUCGCCGGUGUCUUGCUCUUCGUCAUCAUCUUCCUCGGUGUGGUGCUGGUCAUGAAGAAAAGAAGAACCUAUCACUCCUACACUUAUUACCUGAAACUGGCCAAGAAGCGCAAGGAGACGAUGAGCAGCACGCGGCAGGAGAUGACCGUGAUGGUGAACUCCAUGGACAAGAGCUACACGGAGCAGGGCACCAACUGUGACGAGGCCAUCUCCUUCAUGGACACCCACAGCCACACACUCAACGGGAGAACUGUUUCCUCGCCCUCGUCAUUCACCAUGAAGACUAACACACUCAGCACUUCUGUACCCACCUCCUACUACCCAGAUCCCUUUGUGCCAACCGCUAUCUUGGAUGAGAACCACACCAUGACCAGUGACACCAGUAGUCUGGUCCAGUCCCACAGUCACUCCUAUAAGAAGAAGAGGGAGGUGGCGGAUGUUCCUCCCUACCAGACCGGUCAGCUCCACCCGGCCAUCCGCGUGGCCGACCUGCUCCAGCACAUCACCCAGAUGAAGUGUGCCGAGGGCUACGGCUUUAAGGAGGAGUAUGAGAGCUUCUUUGAAGGACAGUCUGCACCAUGGGACUCUGCCAAGAAAGACGAGAACAGGAUGAAGAACCGAUAUGGAAACAUCAUUGCAUAUGAUCACUCCCGCGUCCGGCUGCAGGCUAUCGAGGGAGAGCAGAGCUCCGAUUAUAUUAAUGCAAAUUACGUGGAUGGCUACCACAGGCCAAAUCACUACAUUGCUACCCAAGGGCCCAUGCAAGAGACGGUCUACGAUUUCUGGAGGAUGGUGUGGCAUGAGAACACGGCAACCAUCGUCAUGGUGACCAACCUGGUGGAGGUGGGCAGGGUCAAGUGCUGUAAGUACUGGCCUGACGACACUGAGAUCUACAGGGACAUGAAGGUGACCCUCAUCGAGACCCAGCUGCUGUCAGAGUACGUCAUCAGGACCUUCGCCGUGGAAAAGAGGGGAGCCCAUGAGAUCCGGGAGAUCCGUCAGUUCCACUUCACGGGCUGGCCAGACCACGGGGUGCCCUACCACGCCACCGGCCUGCUUGGCUUCGUACGCAGGGUCAAGUCCAAGACCCCUGCCAAUGCCGGGCCCAUGGUGGUCCACUGCAGUGCGGGGGCGGGCAGGACCGGCUGUUUCAUUGUGAUUGACAUCAUGCUGGACAUGGCUGAGAGAGAGGGUGUGGUCGACAUCUACAACUGUGUGAGAGAGUUGCGCUCACGAAGGGUUAAUAUGGUCCAGACAGAGGAGCAGUACGUGUUCAUCCACGACGCCAUCUUGGAGGCGUGUCUGUGCGGGGACACCACCAUCCCAGCCAACCAGCUGCGAUCGGUCUACUAUGACAUGAACCGCCUGGACCCCCAGACUAACUCCAGCCAGAUCAAAGAGGAGUUCAGGACUCUGAACAUGGUGACUCCUACGUUGCGUGUGGAGGACUGCAGCAUCGCCCUGCUCCCCAGGAACCACGAGAAGAACCGCUGCAUGGACGUCCUCCCGCCAGACCGCUGUCUGCCCUUCCUCAUCACCAUCGACGGAGAGAGUUCCAACUACAUCAACGCCGCUCUCAUGGACAGCUACAAGCAGCCGUCUGCGUUCAUCGUUACCCAGCACCCCUUGCCCAACACGGUCAAAGACUUCUGGAGGCUGGUGCUGGACUACCACUGCACCUCUAUAGUGAUGCUCAACGACGUAGACCCAGCACAACUGUGUCCCCAGUACUGGCCGGAGAACGGCGUGCACCGCCACGGGCCCAUCCAGGUGGAGUUUGUGUCAGCUGACCUGGAGGAGGACAUCAUCAGCAGGAUAUUCCGUGUCUACAACGCUGCGCGGCCACAGGACGGGUAUCGCAUGGUGCAACAGUUCCAGUUCCUGGGCUGGCCCAUGUACCGGGACACACCUGUGUCCAAGCGCUCCUUCCUCAAGCUCAUCCGCCAGGUGGACAAGUGGCAGGAGGAGUAUGACGGAGGAGAGGGACGCACCGUCGUGCACUGUCUGAAUGGUGGAGGACGCAGCGGGACGUUUUGUGCAAUCAGCAUCGUGUGCGAGAUGCUCCGCCAUCAGCGUUCGGUUGACGUGUUCCACGCGGUCAAAACACUGAGGAACAACAAACCCAACAUGGUCGACUUACUGGAUCAAUACAAGUUCUGCUAUGAGGUGGCACUGGAGUACUUGAAUUCUGGUUAGCUGGGCUGAAAGAUACCCCCUCCUAACCCCCGCACCAGAGCCCUCACAGCUUACCUGGACUGAGUCUCUUAAACUUGAGUGAAUGUUGGUUACUGGAGGAUAGAACUGAACUGCUGAACAGGGUCAUCCCAUCGCACCUCUACGGAUUUAGGCCGAGGGGAGGAAAGAAGGUGGUUUGGAACCGGACGCUUUUGCACUGCCCUUCCCCCGCCCCCAUUCUACGAUAAAAUGUCCCUGAACUUGAUUAACUUUACUCUGUCUCAUCCCUGACACCCCCCCCCCCCCCAACCCCUCUCCUCUUUCUAAUAGACUGUGUUAGUAUUUACCCUCGUCCUCCCCCGUCCCUCAGAACAGCACCUGAUCACUGAACAGGAGUUCACACUGAUGUAUUCUACUGCCCAUAUGUCAACCCCCCACCCCAACCCUAGUCUUUUUUUAAGUUUAUUUUUUCAACAAAAAAGCUCUCCUCUUGCCAGUGAAUCCUGUUUAUUGCCUUUUUAAUCCUCAUCGGAUGAUCAAUGUCAUUUCCAUUUUUGUGGGGAAUGCGAUAUAAACGUAAUGUUGAUAAAAUGUUGUUUUUUAUCCUUGUUUUUAAUUUCCAUUGAUAAUUUUUUUUUAACAGUGUUUGUUAAUAUGAUGAAGCUGUUUGACAUGUAUAGCUAAAGUUGAACCGGCAUUAUGAAAGAAAGCAAAAUCUUAAAUGUUUAUGCUGCCAUUGCUUCGGUCACUAUGAAUAUCGUCGUAUUGGCAGGAGGAGAAAAAAAAACGCAGUCCGGUACCAUCCACACUCAAGCUUUUCAUCACGUCAGCAGAUCCAAAGCUUAAUUAAUUGUGGUCAUUAUUGUUAAUAUUGUAAAUAUUAUGAAGUUGGACAAACUAUUUAUUCAUUGAGAGUUUUUUGUGAGCACAUUGAGUGACAAUCAUGAUUUUUUUUUUUUGGGGGGGGGGGGUCAUAUUUGUUUUCUUUUCUUGAACUCUGCAUAAUGUUGACCAGAUGUAUUGUAAGCCUUUUAUUUAUCUUGUAUGGAAAAAACAACUCAAACUUACAAAUACAUACAUAUCUACUGA